AUGACUAGAGAUCUUCCGAACCAUCCUAUUAUAUUAUAUUGUGACUCUCGCAGUGCUUUGCAAGCGAUCAAGUGCUUAAGCUCAUCACAUCCAGUGAAAGUACCAAAUUGUCCAUAUGAAAAAGUGCCAAAUUCUCUGAACCAGAGAGGGCCAAAUUCUCAGAACCUGAAAGUGCCAAAUUCUCUUAACAAGAAAGUGCCAAAUUCUCUGAACCAGAAAAUACCAAAUUCUCCAUAUCAGAAAGUGCCAAAUUCUCUUAACAAGAAAGUGCCAAAUUCUCUUAACAAGAAAGUGCCAAAUUCUCUUAACAAGAAAGUGCCAAAUUCUCUUAACAAGAAAGUGCCAAAUUCUCUUAAUAAGAAAGUGCCAAAUUCUCUGAACCAGAAAAUACUAAAUUCUCCAUAUCAGAAAGUGCCAAAUUCUCUUAACAAGAAAGUACCAAAUUCUCUUAACAAGAAAGUGCCAAAUUCUCCGCGCCAGGAACGUGUUUGGUGGACAUUUAGCUGA